AUGGAGGAGAGCCACGACGGUGGACGGGUUGGGAGCCCAAAGGCGGCCUUUGCCAAGCACCGGUACGCCGGCAGCACGGUUUGGUGCGUGGUUCCCUACACUGUCUCCCAGAAGCUGACGAGCUGUUUGGAAGAAAGUCAUUUGUGCCAGCCGCAUUCGAAGGCGUCCGAACAGAUCGGAGGAUCUCAGCCCUCUUGCUGGAAUCGCUGCUGGCCGAGCUGGAAUUUGCUGUGCAGUCUUCAGGCCAGCUGGCAGCCCAAAGCCAUCCUUCGAGGCCACUUCAAAGGAGAGACGUUUGAAGUGGACUGCGAGGAGGAUGACCCCCGACAACGAGUGUUGCUAGGGAGAGCGCUGAGCAGAUCUCGCCCGGGUUUGAUGGAACUCUUUGGGGCUGAGAACGCCUGGAGUGGUGUCUUGGGCUUUUGCGACCACCUCGAGGUGACGGCAGCUGUGCCGUGUUGCAGUGAAACUGCUGCAGGCUGCCGUGACACGCGCGGACGGCUGCUGACGGGCUCCGCCUCGUUGCCCAUGGGCUCUGUGGCGCUGAGACACCUCGACAGGAUCUCCCCACAUCUUCUGGUGCGGCUGAGCAUCCCCAGCCUGACAUCGGGAUCCGAGGGUGAAGCCGUGCUGCAAAUGCUGGCGGAGAUGCGAGAAGACUUGAAGUCACUGAAGGAAGUCUUUGUGCACAUUACUCCACCACGACUCCCAAGGGUUACUGGUGAAAGCCGCGCAACGAGAAGCGAGGCGGUAUCAGUCUUAGCUGGCGCGCUCUCCGCAGCCUUACCGUGCUGGUUGGACUCCUUUGAGGCCAAUUUGCGCGGGGGGUGCCUUCUGGCAGGUGAUAGCGUGCUGGCGGAUCUGGUGAGUGCUAUCCCCAAACGUCUCACGCGACUUGGCCUAGAUCUGAACCAUUUCAGCUCCAGCGAUGCGCAAGCCGUGGCCAAAAGUUUGCCUUCGAGCUUGCGGGAACUUCGCCUCCUUUUCCACGGGCGCUCCUUCGCCUGGCUCGGAUCGGGUGUGGAAGCAAGUGGCACCGAGGAGCUGGCCUCCGCUCUUCCAGCAAGCCUGGAAAAACUGCAUUUGAUGCUGGAGUCUUCGGCUCAUGGAGCCUCCACGCUUUGUCAGGCGCUGCCACCGAAUUUGCGGCACCUGGCGCUGGAUCUGCAAAUGACCUUAGUCCGCGAGGCUUUCAGAGGCCGGCCGCCGAACACCAUCCCAGUUGAUGGUGAAAACGGAAAGCCUCCAACGGUGGCAGGCUUUGGCAGCGGCGUUUCCAUGCCACCUUGCGGUUUUACAGCUUCGUCUCACCGAUUUCAACAUGAGCUUGGCCGAACUGAGGCCAUGAUGGCUGACAUCGAAGAGACGGUGCGGGGUGACCCACUGUUUCAUCCAAUGAAACAGUACGAGCGGAGGACCUGGCUGGGCUUGGAGAGUCCCAACAUGCGGCAGCUCCUGGGCAAGACGAAAUUCGUCAGCCUGGGAAGCUACUGCGGGGUCGCCCAAGCCCUGCAGAUCUUGGGCCUCCGCGGCGCUGCGGGGCCCUUCGAUUGGAUGCGCAGCCGCUGUGAGGGCGUGACCCAAUUGCUGGCCAGCAACUUUAAGGAUUUCCUCACCAUGGAGCCCCCUUUCAUUCAACAAUGCGGGAGCCACGUCUUUCCCAUGGCUUGGGGGGGCAGUUACUGGCAUCACAACAUCGCAGACAAGGAGGUGCAACAGACAAUGGAGCGGAGGAAGGAGCGCUUCCUCAGCAUGUCUGAUGAAAACAUUGUUUUCAUCCGUUCUGUGAACUGCACCGAUGAGCUGCGGGCCAUUCCCAAUCUCAUCCAGGCCUUGAAAGCGCGCUUCCCGCGGUCCCACGUGCGCCUUCUGGUGCUCUUGGAUUAUCAGGACGGCCUGAACGAAAGCAUCAUGCACGAGUUGGGGAAAGACGUGAUCUUUUCGCUAGUGAGCAGCAGAGUUUGGGACACACCUUUGCCGAUGGCCGAGUGGGACCCCUCCUACAUGCGCAAACGUAUGGCUUAUGCUGGCUCCAUCGCGAGAGCUUUGUGGAUCUGGAGCGGAAAUGCCGUCCGCGGCUUGGGAAGCUUCAGCCUGUGGCCUAAUUUGGAGAGCUACCGAAAGUGGGUGGCACCCUUUACCGGACCCGAUCCCAAAGUGGAUGGCUUCCGGGGCCGACGCCUGCCACGGGUUCCAGCGACGGUUCCAGCAGCGGUUCCAGCAGCGGUUCCAGCAGCCACAUCUCUGCCCUUGCAGGCCACCGUGAGCACCGCCAGAGCGAAAGCUCCAAGCGCUGUGGCUUCGUGCCGCCGGGAACGUGUUGUGUGCCCAUGUCUGGACAUUUGCUGCCGUGAUGUUGGUGAUGAUGGCGCAGAAGCGCUGGCGUCCAACCUUCCAGAAGGUCUGGAGUGCCUCUUUCUUUGUCUGCGAGACUGGCGCUUCUCCGCUGUGGGUGUUCGGGUGCUGACCGCUGCCCUUCCAAAGAAUCUACGGCGGCUCAAACUGGCAUUUUCAAGCUCUCCAAUUGGUGCCAGCGGCGUGUUGAACUCAGUUCCCAAAUCUGCUGGUUCAUCAUCAUUUUCCCCAUUCAACUGGCCAUGA